AACUUGUGAGCCACAACACGAAUUAAAUUCUUAAGUCGCAUGAACAAUAAAUGUGAAAUAAAAUAAAAAGAAAGAUAAAAAAGGGUUUCUUAAGAAGAUUAUUAUAUACCUAACCAACCUGGCCUAAAAGAAGGGGAAUCAAAGUACAUAAGCAGAGCAGGUUAUUCUUAUAUUCUGCGCUUUUGUUGUUGGCUUCUGUAACUGUUAUGCGACGACGCUUGUUGCUUCGACCUGCGUCUGGGAGUUGGUAUUUACUUGUCUUAAUUUUACGUUUGUCGGGCCGACUUGUUUAAAGACAAAAACUUAAACAAUUCUAGUCUGUCUUUCGUGUACAAAGUGUGAACAUUGUGAAAACUAAGAGUGUCAUUUAUAAAUUGAGAAUUAAGAUAGAGUACUAUAAAAAUUAUGGGAAGUAUUGGAGCUCAAUUUGUGGCUCUAUUGAUCGAAGAAUACAAAGGGCUGCCAUCUCUCUGGGAUGUCGACUGUGAGGACUACAAGAACAAAAAUGUCAAACGAAAAGAUUAUACUACCCUAAUGCAUUCGCUCUUGGUUGUGGAUCCUCUACUGACAAUGAAUGAACUUAAGAAGAAAAUAGCCAACAUAAGAUCGUGCUAUCGACGAGAGUUGAAGAAAAUCGCAGACAGCAUUAGGUCUGGUGCUAAGGGAGAUGAGAUUUAUGCCCCUACACUUUGGUACUUUAAUCAACUUGAUUUUCUGAGGGAUCAAGAACCAAGAGCUUACAAAAAUGUGUCAUCACGAUCAGUAUUGGACGAUGGUGUCAAAGAAACAGCGCCAACUCGACGACAAGUUACGAGUGCAAAAACUCGUAGCAUCUCUCAUCCUUAUAAAACUGAAACUGUGAAUGAUAAAAAAGUUGUGAAUGAACCUAAUGUCAAUGUCACUAAGAACCAACAGACUACACCGAGACGAAGUGAAAAACACGUUAAAUCAAAUCCGCCGCCGACACCGCCGCCAUCUUCUUACAUAAUUGAAACUCAAAAACCAUCACCGCCAUUUUCGUACAUUAAAGAAAAUCAAAACCCGUUUGAAAAAGACGAUGCAAAUACAUUCAGUGAAACAUGGGCUCUUUUAUUUCGAAAACUAUCCCAUCAACAGCAGUUAUACGGAAAAAGAUGUAUUGAUGAAAUUCUAUAUCAAGGACAACUUGGUAAUUUAAAUGCUUAUACUUAUCGUAAUAUCGAAUUGAGUCGGAUGUGUUCGUCGGAUUCUGAAAGUUCAAACACCAAUAAAGGACAUUGUACAAAUGAAUCGAACUGUCAAAAUUACGAUAAGGAAAUAUCUUCAUUUUUUUCAGGAAUUGUAUAAGAA